AUGUUCCAGUGGAACUGGGACAGCGUCGCGGCGGAGUGCACCAACUUCAUCGGGCCGGCGGGGUACGGUUACGUCCAGCUGAGCCCGGCGAUGGAGCACGUCCAGGGCACUGAGUGGUGGACGGACUACCAGGUGGUUUCGUACCAGAUCAGCAGCAAGCAUGGGACCCGCUCCCAGUUCCAGAGCAUGAUCAACACCUGCCACGCCGCGGGCGUCCAGGUCCUCGUCGACACCAUCUGGAACCACAUGACCUCUGGGUCUGGAACGGGCACGGGUGGGUCCUCGUACACCCAGUACAACUACCCGGGCACGUACAUGGUCUACGACUUCCACGAUAUCUAUGCGGGCAUCAGCGACUGGGGCAACUUGACCCAGCUCCAGUUCUUCCAGCUCUUCGGACUGGCGGACUUGAAGACGGAGUCCGACUACGUGCGCAGCCGACUCGCGCAGUUCGGAAGCGACCUCAUCAGCCUCGGCGUUGACGGUUUCCGUCUGGAUGCUGCGAAGCACAUGCCUGUUGCCGACUUGAAGUCGAUCGUGUCCCAGCUCAACACCCAAGGUCGCAACAUCUUCAUCACUCAGGAGGUCAUCAAGGGAGACGCGCAGCAGCUGCACCCAAGUGACUACCUCGCGAUUGGUAAAGUCGCUUAUCGUCGUCAUAGAUUCGCCCUGCGCGACGACAUCCGCGAUGUGUUCAUGACUGGCGUCAGGAAGUUGUCCGACUUCCAAAACCUCGAUAACAAGGGCUACCUCCCCAGCGCCCAGGCCAACACCUUCGUGACCAACCACGAUUCCGAGCGCUACACCAACCAGCUCAGCUUCACCCGCUCGCCGCACAACGGCUACGUGCUCGCGAACGUCUUCCUCCUCGCGCACCCUUACGGCCAGCCGAGCAUCAUCUCCUCGUACCAGUACAGCAACGACGACGCGGGCGCGCCCAACAACGGCUACGGCACCUGCGACGGCACCGGCGGCACGAACGGCUGGGUGUGCCAGCACCGCUGGGUCGCGUUCCAGGGCAUGGUCGCCUGGCGGAACCGGGUCGCCGGCGCGGCGAUGAACAACUGGGUCGCGGGCUCGUCGAUGAAGAUCGCGUUCGGGCGCGGGAGCAACGGCUUCGUCGGGAUCAACAACGAGGACAAGGACUGGACGACGACGUUCACGACGGCGCUCCCUGACGGUGUCUACUGCGACGUCAUCGGCGGGCUGUUCUCCAACGGGCAGUGCUCGGGCUACUGGAAGUUCACCGUCAAGGGCGGGAAGUUCCAGGGCACGGUCCCCGCGCGCGGCGCGGUCGCCAUCCACACCGGCGCGAAGCUCUCGUAG